CAAGAGAAAUCACUGAAUUCAGAUGUCCGCCUAUGUCCACUCAUUUGUAUCUAUCUCAGACUUGUCCGACAUCUCGUCUGACAUUAGCUGAUAUUUGAGCCCAACACAAAUUGCCAGCUCAUUCCUAAGAAUGAUCAAUCAAUCCUUGGUGGCGCUCCCUAAUAUCAUAUUAGGUGAAACCUUAACUGAAGCGUAUCAUGUUCUUGGAAGUCAGCUGCCACGUUAAUCACUCCCGGGACAAAUCAUAUCAGGCCAGCAAGAGCCCCAGAGCCGGGGCACUGUAUGGUACUGUCAUAUUCAGGGUAGUUGGCGCGCAGUAUUUUAUUUUAAAAGAUCAUUCAUAACUUGAAUACCCAGUCAUUGAGUUCCCUCCAAUCAUCGUUUACUCUUCCUGCAUCAGUCAUGCUGCAGCUGCCUGACCUACUCACUUCUGAUAACGCGCAGCCCCUCCUCGCUGCGUCUUGUCUUGCGGUAGCACUCAUCGUUCGCGCUUACCUUGCUAAAUCAGAUACCAGCCUUCCUCUCCCACCGUCCCCUCCCAAUUGGAGACUUCGGGGUCACUUAGUACCCUACCGCAAGUCUUUCAUCACUGUGGCAAGAUGGAUCGACGAGUUUGGUCCUCUCGUCACCAUUCGUCAAGGAACCGAGAAAAUUGUUAUUAUCGGUCGCCAUAAAGCCGUGGUGGAUAUCAUGGAGAAGCAGGGCGGAGCGUCAGCUGAUCGUCCUCCCAUGAUUUCUGCUGGAGAAAUGCUUAGCGGCGGACAGUCCAUCGCCUUUUCACACGCUGGUGACAGGUUGCGUCUGAUGCGCAGAGCACUUCAUUCCCAUCUCCAGCCUAGAACGGCUGAGGCGUAUGAACCCUUGCAGUUUGCUUACGCAAAGAACGCGGUCAUCGACAUUCUUGAGGAUCCACACAACUUCCAGAACCAUGCAUUGACUUUUACUGCGUCAACGAUUAUGAAAAUUGCAUAUGGAAAGACCACCCGCACGUAUGCGACUGAUCCCGAGGUCAAGGAUGUUCGCCAGCGCUUCACGUCGUUGAGUGCAUCUCUGCGCCCUGGCGCUUACCUGGUAGACUCGAUCCCGUGGCUCAAAUACAUUCCUUGGUAUGGUCGCGAUUUAACACGGGAGUUUGAGAGGGGCAAAAAACUCUACUUCUCCCAGCUGAACCGCGUCAAAGACCAAUUGCAGAGCAAUGAGGACGUCGGCCCUUCGUUUGCGAAAUACAUGCUGGAGAAUCGGCAAUCCUAUGGUUUCACUGAGACCGAAGUGGCUUUCCUUGCUGGCGGCUUGCUUUUAGCUGGUUCUCAUUCGGCUGCUGUGGCAAUUUGCACGGUACUGAUGGCAGCGGCAAUUUUCCCCGAGGAGCAAGCUAAAGUCCAGGCUGAGCUUGAUGCGGUGAUCGGCAGGAACCGAGUUCCGACCUUCGCUGACGAGGAGUCCCUUCCUCGUAUGCGCGCUUUCAUUAUGGAGUGUUAUAGAUGGAGGCCGACUGCUCCUGAAGGAAUCGCUCACCGAACCACUAAGGAUGUGAUUUGGGAAAACUAUUGCAUUCCCGCUGGCACCACGGUCAUCGGCAACCAUUGGGCCAUCUCUCGUGACCCAGAUGUCUUCCCUGACCCCCACGCGUUCAUGCCUGAGCGUUGGCUCAACGACCAAGGUAACAUGAGGGACGAUCUCAAAUUCUAUGUCUUUGGGUUUGGUCGGCGUGUAUGCCCCGGUCAACACCUUGCGCCCAGGGCGGUGACCAUUCACUCCAUGCUUGUCCUUUGGGCCUACCAGCUCAGUCUGGAUAAGUCGAAGCCGGUCGAUGACACUGGGUAUAUGAGCGGGGUGGUGCCAGAUAUACAGCCAUGUACUGUCGGGUUCCAGUCCAGGGUCUCGGAGUCCGAGCUCAGGCGCCUGAUGCAAAAUGAUUCCGAGCUUUGAAUCUAGAAGCCAUCAAAAAAUUGCCUUCUAUCUUUCUCUGUUGCCGGCUCUGUAUUAUUACGAUCAACCGUUGUAUGCGAUCUCUUAAAUCUUUUCUUUAGAUGGCGCCUUACUUUGUUUGUACUCGUCUUACUUUACAUAACCAACUUAGAAAUCGUUUAGAGUGUCCGUUCCUCACUUCGAUUGAAUAGAUUAUGUUCACACCGCG